AUGUUUUAUAUUGUUAUAUUUAUCUUAUUAUCAUCUGUAGAAGCACAAUAUUAUUCUCAACAACAACAACAAUGGCAACAACAACAACAGCAACAACAAUAUCAACAGCAAUAUCCAUAUAAUAAUUAUAAUUUGAGACCAUUUUAUCCACAAACUAAUACGUUCGGAACUCAAAAUCAACAACGUAUUCGUGGUAACCUUAUUAGUGAUGAUACAUCUAUGUUACCAUUUGGUUCACAAAUAGUUGUAUCAUUAGCAGAUGUUUCUCUUCAAGAUGCACCAUCUCGACCUUUAAAUACUCUUGUAUUAUAUGGAUCUUAUCGUUUUCCAAUACCUUUUGAAAUUCCAUAUUCAAUGGCACAAGUACAGAUGAAUGGUAAUGGUAUUGGACAAUAUGCUAUUCAAGCUCGAAUUGAAAAAGAUGGUCAAUUACUUUAUAUCAAUGAUCAAUAUACUCCAGUACAAUUAAUACCAGCAUCAAUCAAUCCGAUAAAUGUUUUCAUGAAAAAAAUUAGUACAUCAACUAGUCCCGGAAAUUUUGGAUCCUAUACGACAAGACCACCAAUAAUGGGUGGUUUGUCAAUUUGUUUACAAAAUCCGGAUAUUGGUCCUUGUAAAGCAAGCAUUGAGCAAUAUUUUUUUAAUGCUCAAUUAGGUUCAUGUCAAAUUUUCUUUUGGGGUGGUUGUGGUGGUAAUCAAAAUCGUUUUAACUCUCGUAGUGAAUGUGAACGUACAUGUUCAUUUUAUCGACGACGAAUGAUUACCAAUAAUGCAAAACAAAGAUGGAUAAAAUAA